UAAUUACAAGGUAAACUUAUUUUUUCUGCCCAGGUUUUAUAAUCUUCACCUUUUGAUUUCUGUCAUUUGAUUGUCAUUGGAGAAAACCUGAUCCCAAAUUUAUUAUUUUUAUUUCAAUUAUUAUUUCUGUUAUAACUUUUCCUUUAAGGGUGCAAUUGUAAUGCAAAUGGCUUCCAUUGUUGCAAGCUUGCCGCCACCGUUGCUAUUCCAUGGUAAAAAUUCACAUCCAGGGAACUUCCAAACUUUCCCUGUUUCUCUUCUUCCAGGGAGACAGAAUCGUUUUGCUUUUGUUGUGAAGGCUUCUGGAGAAAGUUCUGAAUCUUCAACUAGCCUUACUAUUUUUAAGUCUGUGCAGAAUGUUUGGGAUCAGCCUGAAGAUCGACUAGGACUAAUUGGUUUGGGAUUUGCAGCCAUAGCAGCACUUUGGGCAUCGACAAAUUUGAUUGCGGCCAUUGACAAAUUGCCACUUAUCCCAAAUGCGAUGGAAUUAAUUGGAAUAUUUUUCUCUUUGUGGUUUACCUAUCGCUAUCUCAUAUUCAAGCCUGACAGGCAAGAGCUUUUUCAAAUCUUGAACAAGUCAGUAUCAGAUAUCUUGGGCCAGUAAUAUGUGCUGCCAAAAUGCUACGCUAGGUUGUGAUUUGAAGUAUGAAUUCUCAGCAGCAGCAGUUCUUUUGUUUUGGGAGAAGUGGGUGAAAAGGGGGGAGGGGAAAGAGGUUUUGUUUAUCUUCACUUCUAUCGUAAAUGACUGUGCAAGGAUUGUUUAUUUGGUCAAAGACCACUAACGUUACAUCAAUGAAUUGAAGCUUGCUUCUUCUGUGUUGGCUACUUUGUAUUGAACAUAAUAAGAUAGUUUUACAAUUCUAUUGACGAUCGUUCCCUUGAGCAUUUGGAUCAAGUUAAUAACAGAUCAAUUGAAAAUAAAACUAGCUUAAUGCCAAGAUAAGACCCUUUUUAUAGGAAAAUUGUACCUUAAGGCAGAUCAUUUAAUGUAUAAUAAUAGGGAUAUCUAUUUGCCAUUUAUAAGUCGAAGUUGUGUAUAUCAGUGGAAUUUUG